AUGGGUAUGGGAAUGGAUCUAAUGUUGGGGAGAAAUUUGUUGGCUCUUGUUGGUUUUGGAGCCAUUCCUGGCAUUUUGUCUAUUUUCAUUGUUCUCCCGUUACGUGAAUCUCCAAAAUUUUUAUUAUUAAAUCGAAAUGAUAGAAAAGCGGCAAUUAAGUCAUUGGAAUUUUAUCAAGGAAAGCAACCAGACAAUCACCAAAUUGCUAUAAAUGAAAUAUUAAAAGAAUCUGACAAUUGUGGACAUAAAAGAAAAGAAGGGGGAGGAGGACAUAAUAUUUCUUUAAUUAAAGCGUUAAUUCAAAUAUUAAAACAACCACAUUUACGGAAAGCGUUUAUUAUUGGGACGUUGUCUUUACAAAUUAUUGUUGGUAUUUGGCCAAUAAUUUACAUAUCUACAGAUUUGUUAGAAGCCCAUUUCGAUGCUAAUGCUAGUCAAUAUUCCUCAUUUGCUUUUAUUUGCGCGAAUUUUGUUGCUUCAGUUAUUGGGACUUGUAGUGUUGAAAAGUUAAAAUUAUUUUUAAAUUAA